AUGAAGAUCGCGAUCACAGGGGCUCGCGGUACCGUCGGUAGUGCCGUUGUCAAGGCCGCAGCAGACGCCGGUCAUGCAACAGUCCAAGUUGACCGGACCGACACCAAGUACGACGGGACCCCGAACUCGGAGAUGAAAACCGCAGACACCGCCAACGACUACAAGGCCACGCGCGAGGCCUUUCGCGGCUGCGACGCCGUCAUCCAUCUGGCCGCCAUUCCGAACCCGAUCGAUAAGGACGAUGAUCUCGUGCACAAUAACAACGUGAACUCGGCGUUCAACGGAUUCCGGGCCGCCGCCGAGCUUGGGAUCAAGAGGUUCUGCUAUGCUUCGUCGGUCAACGCGAUCGGGUUGGAGUACGCUACGCGACCGCUAAAGUUCGAUUACUUUCCCAUUGACGAAGAAGUGACGCAACGUCCGACGGACGCGUAUGCCUUGGCGAAAGAUGAAGCGGAGAUGCAGGGGAAGGCGUUUGCGCGAUGGUUCCCCGGGAUGAACAUUGCAUGCGUGCGCAUCCACGCGGUCGCAUCGCGGUCGGAAGCGCAGAAGGGACACGCCGAGGACUGGGAUAACUCCGCGGUGAAGAGUCUAUGGGGGUGGGUGAGCGCCCAGGCCACGGCGAGAGCGUGUUUGCUGGCGGUGGAGAAGAGUGAGAAGUUGAAUGGGUGCGAGGUCUUCAAUAUUGUUGCGCCGACGACGACCCAGGACACACCGUCACGGGAGCUCGCGAAGAAGUAUUAUCCUGACACCGAGAUUCACGGCGAGUUCCCGGCCAACCAGUCAUUCUUCACAACGGAGAAGGCGCGCAGGAUUCUGGGAUGGGUUCAUGAGGAGAAAGAGUAA